AUGUCUGGGGUAUUUCUUGGCGUUUUUGCCGAGUCGGAGUUGCCAGAUGAACUCGCGAGGGACGUGACGGUUUCCCGCGCGGGUGGUUACCCUCACGUUAUACCGAAUACGUGGUUACACGAGCACUACCCACGGUGUCACCAAUGUGGGAAAGAGAUGGUAUUCGUUGCGCAAAUCUUCUCCGACUAUGAUCCCAAUACCUACAGGUUCCUACACGUCUUUGUUUGCCCGUCUACGGCGUGUUGUCGCCAAGGCAAGGGAUGGCGCUGCUUCCGCACUAUGAAGCCUGUUACUAGUGCUAACAGUUCCAAUGCUAGUCGCCCUGUGACCGUUGAGAAAUUCAACUUUAUGGCUACGACGGAGAAGCCGGCUGGUGCUGAUGCUUUCGACCUCAGCGACUUGGCAAAUGCCUUGGAUGGUGUGGAACUCUCAGGCGGCUCUCUCUUUGGAACUGAGAUUAGAGGAGGUGGCGGCGGCGGCUCGUCAUCAUCAUCACCCUCUGCUGAUCGCUCUUGCAAUGUGCUUGGAGUACCUGUGAAACCUAAGGAGGAGACUACUAUUACCCUCACACCGGCUUAUCAGCUGUACGUAGUACCGGAGCCUGCCAAGUGGGAAACUAGUAUGACAAAAGAGAAAGAGCUGUACCAGGCAUAUCUAGACUCGGGCAACCCUGACCCUACGUCAACGGCUGUAGUUAAGGAGAGCCAUGGUGCAGUUAUAGCCGACGAUGAUUUUGCUGGUCUCGACGAGGACGAGCGGAGUGUGAACUUUAUGAAGUUCCGAGAGCGACUCGAUCGAUUACCCGGCCAGGUGUUGCGGUACGACUAUAACGGGUCGCCUUUGUGGGCUGGUAAAUUUGCAGAGGAGGAGUUGGGGAAGAAAGCGACGCCUCGACGGGUGUCACCAUGCAGUGCCUGUGGAGCUCCACGUGUCUUUGAAUGCGAGCUGCUGCCUUCUUUGUUUUACCUCUCUGGUUGGUUUGAUGGUCACGAAAACGAGAUGGAGUGGGGUAUAGCCGCGAUGUACACGUGUUCGGAAGAUUGCCAUGGUUCUGGAGGCUUGUCGUUCAACCCUGCUGUGUCGAUGUAUGAAGAGUUCGUCCUUGUGGAGCCCCCUGAGGGUGAUAGUAGCUCGAAGAGACCCGACAAGGUGACUAAGAAGGCAGCUUAGGGGCUGUGCUCGGCUGUAUAUCACCACGUCAAUCCUCCAU